ACACAAUCAAUCUACUCAUCAACCAUUUAUUUCAUCAUCAUGGAUUGCAAAAUCUUUUCGUGUUUGUUUAUGACCCACCUAGCAAUCUUAAGCCUUUUCUUCAACGACGUCUCCUCAUUUCCUUCGGGAUAUAAUAAUGGUCCUAAAAAUGGUUACAACAAUGGUUAUAAUGGUGGUUAUAACAACGGUCACGGUUCUCGCGGAUACGGUAUGACUAGCAAUCUCGACUAUCGAUUCUAUGACCGGUCUUGUCCUCGUCUACAGAUGAUUGUCAAGUCCGGAGUUUGGCGAGCUUUUAAGGAUGAUUCUCGAAUCGCUGCAUCUCUUCUCCGUCUCCACUUCCAUGAUUGUUUCGUCAAUGGUUGUGAUGGCUCAAUUCUCUUAGAGGAUUCAGAGGAUUUCAAAGGAGAGAAGAACGCUUUGCCAAACCGAAACUCGGUUCGUGGUUUCGAUGUCAUCGAAGACAUCAAAUCUGAUAUUGAAAGUGCUUGUCCCUUAACAGUUUCAUGCGCCGAUAUAGUUGCUCUGGCAGCUAGAGAAGCCGUUGUUAUUACCGGAGGCCCGUUUUGGCCGGUGCCAUUGGGGAGAAGGGACUCGCUGACGGCGAGUGAGCAAGCGGCGAAUACAAAUCUGCCCUCACCGUUUGAACCGUUGGAGAAUAUAACGGCCAAGUUCGUGUCCCUUGGACUUGACUUCAAAGAUGUUGUUGUCCUCUCAGGAGCACAUACCAUAGGAUUUGCACAAUGUUUUGUGUUCAAGCACAGGCUCUUCAACUUCAAGGGCUCAGGACAGCCUGACCCAAACCUAGCUGCCUCCUCAAAUCUUCUCUCAACGCUAAAGGACACAUGUCCUAAUGUAGACUCAUCUAACUCCAACCUUGCUGCCCUUGACGCAGCUAGUGUUGUCAAGUUCGACAACGCUUACUAUGUGAAUCUCAUGAACAACGUUGGACUGCUUGAUUCCGAUCAGAUCCUUAUGUCUGAUUCUAACGCCGCUGCAUUGGUUAAGUCCUACAGCGAGAAUCCGUACUUGUUCUCGAGGGAUUUCGCAGUUUCAAUGGUUAAAAUGGGGAAUAUUGGAGUUAUGACCGGAAGUGAUGGAGUUAUUAGAGCAAAGUGUGGAUUUCCAGGUUAAGAAUAUGGACUACUUUGAACGUAAACACUCCAUCCAAAUCAAUCUAUAACAUAUGUAGAACUAAUCUAGCUUUAAAAAUAUGAAUUAAGCAUAUAGACCAAUGUCAAUGAAUAAAGUGUGUUGUAAAAUCAGCCUUUUGUAUCUAUGAUGGAUCACAUAACAAAAAAUAAACUUGGAGUUGUAUGUGUGUUUGUGUGUAAUGUAAUAUGUAUUUUUUAGUAUAUGUUGUAUCCUAAAAAUAAAAGUCCCUCCCUUGUUGUAUGGUCAUACCGCCAUAGUCCUAGACUCAU